AAGCAGCCAUGGCGAGUACGGCCCCUUCUGCGGUACGGCCACCGAGACCGAAGAAAGAGCCACAGGCUCUCGUCAUCCCCAAAAAUGCGGCGGAGGAGCAGAAGCUCAAGCUGGAGCGGCUCAUGAAGAAUCCGGACAAAGCUGUGCCAAUUCCAGAAAAAAUGAGUGAAUGGGCACCUCGACCUCCACCAGAAUUUGUCCGAGAUGUUAUGGGUUCAAGCGCUGGGGCUGGCAGUGGGGAGUUCCACGUGUAUAGACACCUGCGCAGGAGGGAAUAUCAGCGGCAGGACUACAUGGAUGCCAUGGCAGAGAAGCAAAAAUUGGAUGCAGAGUUUCAGAAGAGACUGGAAAAAAAUAAACUUGCUGCAGAGGAGCAGACUGCAAAGCGUCGGAAAAAGCGCCAGAAGUUAAAAGAGAAGAAACUACUGGCAAAGAAGAUGAAACUUGAACAGAAGAAACAAAAAGAAGGACCCAGCCAGUCCCAGGAGCAGCCUGCCAGUAGUUCUGAGGAGACAUCUGGCACAGAAGAGGAGGAGGAAGAGGACCGCAGCUUCAUCAUGGGGCGAUGAGGUUGAGCAGCAGCUGUCACAAGCCUGUCACUUUUUGCAGCCAGAGCCUCAGGAGCGCCUCAGUGCAGAGAGCAGGGAAGAAGCUGCUUAGCAAACACAUGGAAGCCCCGGUCCUUGCUGCCCUGCCUGUUAUGGGGACCAGGAUAGAGCCUGGGGGACGAGGGAACAUUCUGAACACUGCCUCGCAGCAUCCCCCCAUGUUCCUCAGAAGGGGAGAAGUUCCUCACCAGCAGCCGGCGCCUCUUUUUUUUCAAACAGGGAUGAGCUUGGGGCUUUUAGAAGGGAACGUUGCUAUAGUAAAGAACAGAAAACCUC